AUGGAUCGUGGCUGCUACAACUGCGGUGACUCUUCGCACCAGGCACGCGAUUGCCCUAAGAAAGGCACACCAACUUGCUACAACUGCGGAGCCGAAGGUCACGUCAGCCGAGAAUGCACCGCUGCGCCUAAGCCAAAGUCUUGCUACAAAUGUGGAAAUGAAGGACACUUCGCGCGCGACUGCCCUCAGGCCGGUCCUCCUGGAGGUGCAGGCGGGGGUUGGAGUAGCGCCGGCGGAAACACUUACGGCGGUGGAUCAUCCCGAGAAUGCUACCGCUGUGGAGGGCAGGGCCACAUAGCGCGUGACUGUACUUCUGGCGGUGGCGGCGGGGGGUUCGGCGGCGGCUUCAGUCGCGGUGGCGGGGGCCAAACCUGCUAUUCUUGCGGUGGCAUCGGCCACAUGUCCCGUGACUGCACCCAAGGUCGGUCUCAGAAAUGCUACAAUUGUGGCGAGCAAGGUCAUCUCUCUCGCGACUGCCCAUCUGAACCCAGUUCUGAACGCAUCUGCUACAAAUGUGAGACCACCUCCCUGGGAUUGACAAAUAGCUCUAAUUAUGCAUUCCAGGCAAGCAACCCGGACACUUGCAGUCCGCUUGCCCAAAUUAGUUGA